AUGACUUCUGCUGUCACUGAGCUCCACUACCCUCAGACUUGCACCCAGACCUGGACCUAUAGGCUAGACCCCAACCCAGACCUGGACCCAGACCUGCACCCGGACCUGUACCCGGACCCCAGCCGCAGAAUGAAAGCCCUGAGCCCGGUCCGCGCCCUCCGGAGCUGCCAUCGGCCCGUGUGCUGUGUGUCUGAGCGGAGUCUGUCCAUCGGGCCCCGGGUCAGUGGCGCUAGAGGCCGAGGAUUCGCAGAGGAACGCGCUCCAGACGACGGAGCGAACGCACAACUUCUCCACAGAGGAGAACCACCUCUGCCUUUAGAGCGGCGCCCCCUCAUGGAGCAGAAGGGAACACAGACCUGGAGCCUGGGACCUGGAGCCUGGGACCUGGAGCCUGGGACCUGGAGCCUGGGACCUGGAGCCUGGGACCUGGAGCCUGGGACCUGGAGCCUGGGACCUGGAGCCUGGAACCUGGAGUCUGGGACCUGGAGUUUGGGACCUGGAGUCUGGGACCUGGAGCCUGGGACCUGGAGCCUGGGACCUGGAGCCUGGGACCUGGAGCCUGGGACCUGCUAUAGACUCCUCCCUGUCUCUCCGUGA